AUGUGUGUGUGGAAGUGUUCUCGGUUUGUAGGUCUCUGCCUUGUGGUUUUGUCUCUGCUCUCUGUCACUGCAAACCUAUUGCAGCUCUUCCCAAACCUUAAUGGAUCCUACCUCCGGGAUAAGAAAAUCAGCCAUCAAAUUACCAAAAUGACUGGAGUUUGGGGAGGUGGGAUUAUGGUUCUCCUGGCUGGUAUACAAGCCGUGUUAGCUGGUUACAGAGUCAGAUGUUUGUCUAGAUGCAGACCUUGCUGUUAUAUGCUGUUGUCCUUUAUGUUUUGUGUCUUGGCUCUUAUUGGGGCCACAGUUAGCCUGGUGUUUGCUGCAGCUAUAUUGUCCACUGGUCCUUACUGCUUGUAUAAGCCAAGUGGAGAAGACAUUGAGAAGUGGGGAUAUCCUUUAAAAUAUAUCGAUGAACAACUCAUGCACAACAGGACAGGGGAUGUGAGAGUGCAGAUUUAUAUCUCACGCGCCUCCUGCUAUUGGGUUUAUGAUAUUUUUGUUUUUCUUCACAGCUCUAUUAUUUAUCUGUUUGAAGUUCCCAUCUGGAGCUCUGUGUGCAUCGAACCACCAAACAUUAUCCCCUGGACUUCCUCACUGUCCAUUUGUACAUUUUUUAUUAAUUUUCUGGAGAUCAUUCUUUGUCUUUCCCAGUUGUUAAAUGCAACUUUCGGAAUGAUUUGUGGACACCGUGAACUCAAAAAAGAGGGUGACGUCUAA